AUGUUGGCUUUUGUUGCUCAUUGCUAUUUACCGGCUGCAGAAACAUAUUUCUUGAUCAAAGAUGGGACCAAAAUUGAGUUACCGGUGACAAAAGCGUAUGAAAAAAGAGAGCCGUUAGUGGUUUGUACAUCGCCGUCGUAUUUGUAUGAGCUUUGGAUGACUGCAUUGGUGAGCAUCGAGACAACACGUUACUUUGGUGCUACGUUACGAGUCGUUUAUAUUCAGAGUAUCAUCGCUGAAUUGUACACAAUCUUGAAAGCGUACGAGAAAGAGGGAAUUGUCCUCAUCAAACAUGGAUUCGACCUGCCCAGAUUGGAGGAUCAUCCGGAAAGUGACCAAGGACAUCACCAUAAUCAAGUGAUUGCUAUAAACGAUUGUCUGAAUCAGUUUAAAGAUGCGGCUGAUUUUAUUUUCGUUGGGGAUUUUGAUGAUAUGUUUAUAACAUCGUUUAAAUCACGUUUUGGAGUUGGAUCGUUAGUGCCAGCAUUCGACAAGCACUACAGUAUGGUUGACGUUCUCAAGAAGGAAGCACAGCACAACCCCAAUACCGGAGUUUUCAUAUUUGAGUGGAUUGGAGGCGAUCAAAAUUUAACAAGAGAAGAUGAUAAUUUCACGAUUUAUUCGACAAUCAAACGCCAGAGCACUCGGCCGUCGAAAUGGAUCUCCGUAGGGAAGUAUGCGAUGAUUCCUAGACGAAUUAAGAGUGCAUGGGUGCAUUGGGCGAUGAUAAUCGAGGACAGUUAUGGUACUAUGAAAUAUGACGAAACUGUUGGCACAAUCGUGUUUCACCUCAACAAACCUGUUUGGAGUCGGCCAACGUUGAACGAAGAUGGCGAGGGUGCGAAAUUUGAGCUCGANCAACAGCAUCCUAUUCACUUUGAUUACUAUUCGAAAUGCUUCGAUUAUGGGAAUCAUCAGUUGGUAAAUGAGGAGAAAUUUUUCUGUCCGAGUUAUGCAAAAUGCGACUUCCGUCAACAAAAUGAGACCAGAUAUAUAAUUUCGAAUGCUCAUUUUGAUCGUUAUGAUUAUCGGUCUUGGAUUGGAUCAAAGAAAAGCAUUUUCAUCUAUCGAGGUGGCGUUCUCACGGAUUCUCGUGACGGGCAACGUGAAAUGUUCAAGCAAACGUUCACUUACUACUAA